UAAAUACCUUUAUUAGAACUUCUUUUGGAUGCUUCCAAAUACCAUAAAAAAUAACUCUCCCAAAGAUUCUGUUUUAUCCUGGAGCCAGCGUUUUCCAAUUGAGCAAACAAGUAAAUUAGCUUGGUAUUCCAAUGGUACCCGGCUUUGGUCACUGAAAUGUUUUUUCUCAAGUUAUGUGAGACCAUUUUUCUAAAUACGACAAGAGGUGGCGCCAUAAGCACUGCACAUGAAUCCAGCCGGAGUUUCCAAAGAUGGGUCCUUCCUGAAGGAGAAAGACUUGUUUUGGAUGGACGAUUGUCUAUGAGUUCUCUUAAGUGACAGAAGACUGUAAGGGAAAAUCUGGUUACUCAAGAAGAAAGUUUAGACAUGUCAAUUGAACUCAGCUCCAGAGCCUGGCCAGUUUUAAGGAUUACAAAUUUUGCUUAAACCACGAUUCGCUUCUUCUUUUCAAAGAGAAACUACCUUCCCCUUCUCCAAAUUUGAAGGAGAAAAAAGGUUGCAAACUUUAGCAAGUAAGACGAACAAAACCGUAACCUCGAAGGAUAGUGUAACCAUACACCUGCAAACAGCUGACUCUUUGGAGAAAUAACAAACGAAACUCUUGCCUUAAAACCAAGCUUCACUUCCAGCCCCAUCAGGUGUGGACCUGGGUAGGCGGAACAGAGUCUGAACCUCAGCCCUGGGAGGCUGCCAGAGACCCCGGCCAGUUCCCAGGCGGUCGGGUGAACCAGUGCCAGAGAAGUGGCUCGGAUCACAAGAGGCUGGCCUCGGGGCCAUCUGCAGGCGCCCAAAUCCCAACCUAAAAUCACCACAGGGUCAGAAUCUAAUGUAAGGGGGGUUUAUUGAAAGGCAGUUGGAGGCUGGCCCACCCGGAAACACCAGCUCCAGAGGAACGGAGUGCGCCCUCGGAAGCAGGGAGGGGAAGGGUGCCUUCGGGCAGGCAGAGGCGGAGGCUUUUAGCAGGACCGCGGUGUCUUUCCUACGAGGUGGGCGCAGUCCCAGCAUUUGAUGGAUGACGGGCAGUGCCUGUUUCGGGGAAGGGUACAUUUAACCUGUCAGAGGGUGCGGAAGUCACGGUUUCCCGUCUUUUGGUCUAAGCAGUGCAGAAAACAGGGGAAGUUCAUCUACAAGGGUCAUGAACUAAGAAGGCAGGAGGUUUCUGUCCCCGGCACCGGCGAAUCCCGGACCCGAGAAAGGAGCUACGGGCGCACGGAAGCGGGCGGCCCCGGCUCUCGCGGGGCUUAAAGCGCGCAAUGUGUUCAGGUUCACACCUCUAAAUGUAUUUUUGCCAUUUCUUAAGUAGACUUAAAAAUGUCCGUCACUAUUUAGUCCUUUUAUCAACCGAGGGGCCCGGAAGGCCGCAGCGAGGGCGUCGGCGAGAAGCCAGGGAGGAGAAACGGCGCUUCUCUCGGGAAUUUAGGUGGCAGCUUCAGCAGCACACAUUUCAGCCCAUUCUGGGGCCGUUUCUAGUGUGGUUAACGUACAAAAAUAAACAAAUCCUCGAAAAGCCCCACGCGGACAUCGGCCGGAGCCCAGGGCCGGACGCCGCGGUGUGGAGCGAGGGCGCCGGCGCGGACUAUGAGGGCCCACCCGCACUUCGUCCAGGGCUCACUUAAGAGCAGCGUGAGCAGCGCUUGGGGCCGCCGUCCAGGACGCCCGCAGCCCUUUAGGAUGGAGGCCACCGUGACCUCCGCUACCGAAGCACCGCGCUCCCCUAGUCCCCUCGGCCGGUCGCCCUUCCCCGCCGUGCAUGCGCAGGAGCCGCGGCGAGCCCCUCGGUCACUCCUCGCCCAUCCGCGCCGCGCAGGCGCAGUGAGCCUCAGCCGCGCUCUCCUCACUAUCAGGCGCCUUUCCUCCAUCGCGCAGGCGCACUGAGCCUCAGCCGCGGCGGGAGGGGAGCCGGUGGCGAGGGGGCGGGGCGAGCUGCUUUUUGAGGCUGCGCACUCGCAUGGCCCCGCCCCUCAGGUCCACUUCCGGCGCCGCGGCUGUUCCGGGCGGAGACCACUUGUGCUAGAGUCGGAGUUGUAACGCUUCACUGACUGAUAGAGCGACCGGCCGACCAUGGCGCCCGGAGUGGCCCGCGGGCCGACGCCGUACUGGAGGUUGCGCCUCGGUGGCGCCGCGCUGCUCCUGCUGCUCAUCCCGGUGGCCGCCGCGCAGGAGCCUCCCGGAGCGGCUUGUUCUCAGAACACAAACAAAACCUGUGAAGAGUGCCUGAAGAACGUCUCCUGUCUUUGGUGCAACACUAACAAGGCUUGUCUGGACUACCCAGUUACAAGCGUCUUGCCACCUGCUUCCCUUUGUAAAUUGAGCUCUGCACGCUGGGGAGUUUGUUGGGUGAACUUUGAGGCGUUGAUCAUCACCAUGUCAGUGGUCGGGGGAACCCUCCUCCUGGGCAUUGCCAUCUGCUGCUGCUGCUGCUGCAGGAGGAAGAGGAGCCGGAAGCCAGACAGGAGUGAGGAGAAGGCCAUGCGCGAGCGGGAGGAGAGGCGGAUACGGCAGGAGGAACGGAGAGCAGAGAUGAAGACAAGACAUGAUGAAAUCAGAAAAAAAUAUGGCCUGUUUAAAGAAGAAAACCCGUAUGCUAGAUUUGAAAACAACUAAAGCGCUCCAGCAUAUCAGUCCCGACGCUUCCUGUGAGGUGCACACUCCGCAGCACAGCCCAGCCGGGGGACCACGUGGCCAUUGCGGUCUCCUGACCUUGACCAGUGAACCUGCCAGCCUUCCAGGACAGGCGGCCAGAGAGCUGCCCCUGAAGGACAGUCCUCUCGUCUUGCAGACUGGUGACCUUCUAUUCCCUGUUCAUCUCUGUUCCUAGAUUUAGUCACUUGAAAUAAGAAAUCUUUGGGGUUUGGGCUUUUUUAUACUCUUCUCAGUUUGUAAAACGCUAACUGCACACGAAGCCACGUGACGGCACCCAGCGCUGUGGCUGUCAUUCUCCCGCAGCAGAACCCUGCGUUCCUCUCUGUCCACUAACAAGCUUCACACGCGACACAGGGAAGUCGGUUUGACUUUUGUCGUGAGGAGAACUGGCCAGCCCUCAUCAUUCCCCAUAAAACCACGGAUGCGUCUGUGUGCUCAUCUUGAGUCUUCACACCUGUUGACUCACACGGCUUUUGCUGAUGACACGGGGCUCCAGUACACAGUGUGAUAAGGACUUACUUCCUAACCUCAAUUGUAUUAAAUAGCAUUGGGGAAUAGCUAAACCUUUUAAAAAAAUAUUAUUGGAUUUUCCUCCCUACUUAAAAGAUUUCACCAGAGAACUUUCAUAUAAAAAUUCAGGCCCUUUUUCGACAAUUUUUAAAAUUUGUAUCUUUACUAGAACAUGAGAAUCUUUUUCCCUUGGAAGCUUGAAUUAUAAAUGUGGUGUUUGGCCUGCCUCUGCAGCACCAGUUGACUGCUCGUGUGCCAGCGGUGUGGGGAGGACGGGGCAGGACGCUGCAGCUCUCUCCAGCCCUGUUGGCAUCCUCAGUGCCUGCAGGCCUCUCCCUGCCUGUUGGGCUGUCUGGGGGGUGGGGCCAUUUAGGGAUCGUGGGGACAGGGUCCACCCCAAGAAGAAAGAAAGGCCCGUCCACAGGCCUGGCUCUGGGCCGUGUGCCCCGGAAGCAGGUGUGUCCAGAGCCAGCUGAGGGCUCUCCCCACACCACCCAGCAGGCGCCGGUGCUCCUUCUGCCUCACGGGACCAGUCCAGCUUCCAGCCGCUCUGGCUCAAGGGUGGUCUGAGCACUUCCUUCCGAGUGGGCUUCUCUGGGAGCUCUCCAGUGGCACUGCUGGACCUGCCCAUGUUUCUGUAAAAUCAGGAUACGUGGCUUUAGUAAGCAGACCAAGCGCUUUGUGGCAGGGAGAGCAGCGUGCAGGGAAGUCACUGAAAAGUGCUGCCUAAGGAAGUUUGAAAAUAGUCCCCGUUCCAGAUUGCCUUGAAUUUUAAAACAUUUUGCUUUGGGAAAGUAGGUCAGCAGCACCUAAGAUCAAUGAUGCCAUUUUCACACUUCACGGUCAUGAAAACUGAGAAGACUGUCUUCAGCAUGAACUAAAGUUCACAGGCAGAUCACUGAUCCAGAACACUUUAAGAACUCGUCAAACAGCUUGAUAAGCCUUUUUGACUGUGUACAUCUGUACCGGGAAUAACAUUCCUAGGCUGAAAUUUUCACAAAGAAUAGAACCUGUACCCAGUUCUUCAGGCUGAUUUCCCUGACCUCUUGGGCAUUUGUAUUUGUAGUAAAGUAUUGCAGAGAUUCCUAAGUAUUUUAUAGCAGCCAUCAAAAUUGGACUUUGUAUUGUUUAUUCAUAAAAGAAACUUUGUAGUAGACUUUAAUGAACUUUGUAUGAAUACAGUAGUGUGUAUGCAAAAUCAGUUUCCUGAAUGUAGGUUGCUGAGCUGAAGCUAGAGCUUGGUUGUUAAAUACAGUGUAGUUAAUCCUUGCGUUCAGUGUAGAAACCCACGUCUAUAAGGUUGGUCUUAGUCCAUCUGCUUUUUUCUGAAAUACACUAAGAGCAGCCACAAAACUGUAACCUCAAGGAAACCAUAAAGCUUGGAGUGCCUUAAUUUUUAACCAGUUUCCAAUAAAAUGGUUUAAUACCUGAA